GUUUGUUUGCUAAAAAUGAAAGAACUAACAUUGAAUCAAUAUGAAAAUAAGUAUUCUGCUGGUGAUAAAUUAGCUGAAGGUAAGACAAAGAUUAUAUAUAAUGUAAUUCAAGAGGAUGGAACAAAAUCAAAUGAACAUCUACUAUCAUCAUUGAUAUAUAUUACGAGUAAAGAUAGAAUAACAGCUAACAAUGCAUUGCGAAGUGAUAUCAUUGAAGGAAAAGCAUCAAUAUCUAAUUCAACUAAUUGUUUAAUUUUCCAAUUACUGAAUUCUUUAGGUGUUGCAACUCACUUUGUUCGACAAAUUGAGCAAAAUAGUUUUAUAGCAAAGAAAUGUAAGAUGAUACCUAUUGAAUGGGUAGUAAGAAGAAUAGCCACUGGUUCCUACCUAAAACGUCAUCCACAUGUUCCUGAAGGAUAUAUCUUUAGCGAUCUCAAGAUGGAGACAUUCUUUAAAGAUGAUGCUAAAGGUGAUCCGCAAAUUAGUGAAGAAGAAAUUAUAUGUUCAAAUGAUUUUAUGGCAUAUUCCGAUGACAAAAAUUUGGAGCAAACUUCGAUUAAAGAAAUAAGUCGGCAUAAAAGAUUAAUGUACAACACGAUCAAAAAACAAACGAUAUUGGUUUUCGAAAUUUUGGAAAAAAUUUGGCGCGUUUAUUUUAACGUAACCUUGGUCGACAUGAAGGUAGAAUUUGGGAUAGACUCUUCCACCGGCGAAAUUCUAUUAGCGGACGUUAUAGACAACGAUUCCUGGAGACUCUGGCCUCAAGGCGAUAAAACUCUCAUGGUCGACAAACAGGUUUACCGCGAUCUUUCUAGCGUCGACGAUACCAAGCUCAAAAUGGUAAAAGCCAAUUACCAAUGGGUCUUGGAUACAUUGAUGUCCCUUCAACAGACUUUCAAAACAGAGCCAAUGCCCGUCAUAUUGAUAAUGAUCGCUAGUCCCACCGAUUUAACUCAUGCUCACGCUAUAAAAUCCAAAAUUUCCAAAGCAUUGCACUCGGACAUCGACAAACGUCCCGUAGAAAAUUGGAAUCCUGUCAGUAGGGUGGACGUUAGAAUGGCGUCGGCUCAUAAGGGAACUGCCGAGGUACUCACCAUACUGAAAGAAUACGAAGCGCUUCAGGUGCCCCUUAUAAUAAUUGCUUGCGCUGGUGGGAGCAAUGGCUUAGGACCUGUUAUAGCAGGAAAUACUCCCUUUCCCGUCAUUAACUGCCCACCUUUCCCAGCCGGCUCCAACGAUUUAAUCAUGGACAUUUGGUCUUCUCUAAGAACGCCAUCCGGCAUGACAUGCCCGACCGUUAUAAGCCCAGAAGCUGGGGCCUUAGCGGCACUUUCCUCUUUAGCCUGUUAUAGACCGAUCAUAUGGUGUCAUUUGAGAGCGAAUCAAAUUGCUAAUCAGAUUUGUACUAUGAACAAUGACGAUAAAUUGCUCAACCAAUAAAAAAAAAGAGGAUAUAUGUAUUACCCAUUUUAUCGAAAAUCUACAUAAUAUAAACUUUAAUCUAAUCAACAGAAUGAUACUAAAUAAAGAAAAUGUGAU